GCGGUCUAAAAGGGCGGAGAGGGUUGCAAACAAAGCCAGAAAAGAAAGACUCGAACGCGAAGCAAAGUCGAAAGCAUGGGAACGAAAUCAGGCACGAGUGCGAAUGGUCAGAGAGAACACGAAGGCAUUGCAACAAGAUCGAAAGAAUCGUCGAGAGGACUGGCAAGCCGGCGCGCUGGCACCGCGAAGGGAUGUCGGGGAUCUCCAAACCAGAUACGGCGCAAUCCCAGUCUUCAGCAUCCAUUUGCCAGAGCGAGAUCCUGAGGCCAGGCCGAAAUGGGCACCCAUACGAAAAGGAGACAGAGUAGUCGUCUUGAGUGGCAGAGACCGCGGCAAGAUUGGCGAAGUCAAGGACUACGAUAGCGUGAGAGCCGCAGUGCAAGUGGCCGGCCUGAACAUGGUCGACAUCAUAGUACCAGAGUGGUUGAGGCAGGAGAAGAACAUCGAAGACCAGCCAGAACUGCAGAGCGUGGAGAAAUUCUUUCAUCUCGAGGAUGUACGGCUUGUAUUCCCGCUCCCGGAUCCGGAGACUGGAGAACCGCGAGACGCCAUUAUUGACCAGCUGGUUGAAACAUCAAAAGGUCGACGUGCUAUUGCUGGUACUAACACCAUAAUUCCAUACCCACCCCAAGAUAAAGCGGUCGGUCACACAGAUUACGAUUGCGAUACUGUUCGGAUGGUUCUUGAAGAGCGCACCUUCAUCCCCACCCUUAUAAGAUCGCCCAUGCCACUAUCAGUCAUUGAUGAGCUGCGAGGCAGGUACAGCAAAUUUAGGACACGGCAUCACCACGAGUAUAUCCAGAGGAAGGAAGCAGAAGACGUUAGGGAGCAAGCACGGAAGGGACUCAUCAAGACUAUGCGUACGCCACUUCAGCAGCUUGCUGAGCUUCGGGAGAAGAAGAAGAAGGAGGAGGACAGGGAGCUCACGGUUGAGCAGUUGGCGAGAAUCGGAGAAGUCAUGGCGAUGGAGCGGACGAGGAAGCUUGGCGGGCAAGCGGCUACUGCGUGAGGCAUGCGUAUUGCUCGUUUGUAAGAUACCCAAUGUAUACUGUGCUCUCAGCGUGUUGUCGGCC